UUAAUACAAAUAAAAUAAGCUGUAUGUUCGACUUCGCCGAUGUCGAAUGUUGAUAGUUGAUACUUGUCGCUUCACGUUUGAUAGUGCUCAACAGUCAACACCAAGAGAAUCACAAACUUUAAAAUUAAAUUAAAGUAAUAAUGGCUGACGAAGAAUUCGAGCACGACGAUGGUGGCGCAGAUGAUUUUGAUGAAGUUGAAGACGAUGCAGACUUGGAUGAAUUAGAUCAACCUGAAGAAAAUGAAGAUAACAUUGAUAUUUUACCUAUUCAAGAAGCUCAAAGUCAAGUUCAAAAAUCUAAGCGAAUUACAACUAAGUAUAUGACAAAGUAUGAAAGAGCUCGGGUAUUAGGUACGAGAGCUUUGCAAAUAGCAAUGUGUGCUCCUGUCAUGGUAGAACUUGAAGGCGAAACUGAUCCAUUACAAAUUGCAAUGAAAGAAUUAAAGAAACGUAAAAUACCUAUUAUAAUCAGAAGAUAUUUACCAGACAAUAGCUAUGAAGAUUGGGGAAUUGAUGAACUAAUAAUAGUUGAUCAAUAAAAUUUAUUUUAUGCACUUAACAAAUGUAAAAAGAAAUUAUAAUUUAAUUAUAUUAUACGAUCUCUA